AAUAUACAAAAACUUGUAAAGUUGAAUGUUAGUAACUAAUUGCAUAAAAUAAUUUCAUUUUUACUCCUCCUUCAGCGGUUGCUGAUGCUAUUAGAACAAGUCUUGGACCAAAAGGAAUGGAUAAAAUGAUUCAAGAUGGAAAAGGAGAUGUGACAAUUACAAAUGAUGGAGCAACUAUUCUAAAACAAAUGCAGGUUCUGCAUCCUGCAGCUAAAAUGUUGGUAGAGCUGGCCAAGGCACAAGAUAUUGAGGCUGGUGAUGGCACCACUUCAGUCGUCAUCAUUGCUGGUGCUCUCUUGGAUGCCUGUUCAAGACUUCUUCAGAAGGGAAUUCAUCCCACCAUCAUUUCGGAGUCAUUCCAGAAAGCUUUGGAUAAGAGCAUUGAAGUCUUGACCAACAUGGGGCAGCCAGUUGAACUGAGCGACAGGGAAACCUUGCUAAAUAGUGCAACUACUUCACUGAAUUCAAAGGUUGUAUCUCAGUACUCUAGUCUGCUUUCUCCUAUGAGUGUGGAUGCAGUGAUGAAGGUGAUUGAUCCAACUACGGCUAGCGGUGUAGAUCUUAGAGAUAUUAAAAUUGUCAAAAAGCUUGGUGGAACAAUUGAUGAUUGUGAAUUGGUUGAAGGACUAGUCCUCACUCAGAAGGUGGCAAAUACUGGUGUAACUAGAGUGGAAAAAGCCAAGAUUGGUCUCAUUCAGUUAUACUUGAGAUUAUCUGUGAGCCCAGCAGCCAUGAAACUCAUAAAAAUGACAGCCAAUAUGGACAACCAGAUUGUCGUUUCUGACUAUGCUCAAAUGGACAGAGUAUUGCGUGAGGAGAGAGCUUACAUUCUAAACUUAGUUAAACAAAUUAAAAAGGCUGGAUGCAAUGUGCUGCUCAUUCAGAAGUCUAUUCUACGGGAUGCUCUUAGUGAUUUAGCACUACAUUUCUUGAACAAAAUGAAGAUCAUGGUGAUUAAAGAUAUUGAAAGAGAAGAUAUUGAAUUUAUAUGUAAGACAAUUGGAACCAAGCCAGUUGCUCACAUUGAUCAGUUUACUGCUGAUAUGUUAGGAACUGCUGAAUUGGCAGAGGAGGUCAACCUAAAUGGUUCUGGGAAGCUAAUAAAGGUAACAGGCUGUGCAAGCCCUGGAAAAACCGUUACAAUUGUUGUACGUGGAUCCAACAAGCUAGUUAUGGAAGAAGCUGAGCGUUCAAUUCAUGAUGCUCUGUGUGUCAUACGUUGUUUAGUAAAAAAAAGAGCUCUAAUUGCAGGAGGUGGAGCACCAGAGAUAGAGUUAGCAUUUCGCUUGAAUGAGUAUGCUCGUACUUUGAGUGGUAUGGACUCAUACUGUGUCCGUGCAUAUGGAGAUGCAAUGGAAGUCAUCCCAUCUACACUGGCUGAAAAUGCAGGUCUUAACCCUAUUUCUACGGUAACAGAGCUGAGAAACAGACAUGCUCAAGGAGAGAAAACAGCAGGCAUUAAUGUCAGAAAGGGUGGAAUUUCCAAUAUCCUGGAGGAGCUGGUGGUCCAGCCUCUGUUGGUGUCUGUCAGUGCUCUGACACUAGCUACAGAAACUGUCCGCAGUAUUCUUAAGAUUGAUGAUGUGGUGAACACUCGCUAAGAUGACUAAAGGAAAUGGCAGUACAGCCCAGAGUAUCUACGGUGUAGUCUGGAGUAUGGUUUCUUCAAAGAAUCCGUGUGUCAAGCAUUCUGCUAAAAUUAAUUUACGUUUAUGUACUUUUAUCAACUUAAUUUAAUAAAUUCUCUGCUCUCGAGACAAACUUAGUUCAUAAGUGAAAGACAAUGUUCUAUAAUUGAAAAUCUGCAUUAAAAACUCACCAAAUGAUACUAA